AUGCAGAGUGCGAAAUAUGUGCAGAGACGGACGCGGACAAAGCGAUGCUCGAGGCUCCAAGUGCUUGGAUUCCUCGCCUUUGGAACAUUUCUCCACCAAACCUUUGUGCCGAGCGUGAUGCCUAGAAGGCCACAUUUUCUCGUGCCAAUAGCUGUAUCGGUCACACCGCUGCCUGCGAUGGCAGACAUGGAAGACAUGCCUGGUGUGGAUCCUGGCUUGGCGCUGUCUGUCUUGGCUGUUCUCGGGGCCGCAGCUGGAGGCCUCUCCUGGGUUGCCAGUCUAAAGCCCCGAGAAACGAACGAAGGGCAGCCUCGGUCUACAUCCCUUUAUCGUGUUUUUCAGGCAAAGAUGCGAGCUGGUGAGUUUGCUGAACUCGCUCCGAAAUCUGAUGGCAAAGACCAAGAAGAUGCCUCGUCCAACGGCGACGGUGAUGAGGAACUGGAUGCAUUUGUUGAUGCUUAUGUGGAUGGACUUGAGGAUGACAUUGAUGGCGAAGGAGACUUUCUGGGCCAGGAAGGCAGAGGGCCUGAUUCUGGCAAACCUGGGUCCAUGGACGACAGGAAGAAGGCGUAA